GACCCUGGGGCGAAGCUGCGGUCCAGAGCCUCGCGGCAACUCGCGGUUCCCAAGCGCCCUCACCCCGCGCCAAGCCCUCCCUCGCACGCGCGCACUCGGAGCCCGGCGGUUAGCAGCGUGCGUGCGCCCCGGCGGCCCCCCGCGCCCAGACCCGCGGCGCGACUGGGGCGCCACACGACAGCGCAGUCGCGCUCGGGGGAGGCAGGGGCGCGCAGGCGCCGCGUCGGGGAGCGAGGCCGCGCAGGCGCUGACGGCGUCGGUUCUGGGGAGACCUUCAGCGUUACCCUAGCGGAGCGGCACGGGCUCUCGGCUCGGAGAUAUGUGUAAUACACCAACUUAUUGUGACCUAGGAAAGGCUGCCAAGGAUGUCUUCAACAAAGGAUAUGGGUUUGGCAUGGUUAAAAUAGACCUGAAAACCAAGUCUUGUAGUGGAGUGAUGGAGUUUUCUACAUCAGGUCAUGCUUACACUGAUACAGGGAAAGCAUCAGGCAACCUAGAGACCAAAUAUAAGGUCUGUAACUAUGGACUUAGCUUCACCCAGAAAUGGAAUACAGACAAUACUCUUGGGACAGAAAUCUCUUUGGAGAAUAAGUUGGCGGAAGGUUUGAAACUGACUCUUGAUACUAUAUUUGUACCGAAUACAGGAAAGAAGAGUGGGAAAUUGAAGGCCUCCUAUAAACGGGAUUGUUUCAGUCUUGGCAGUAAUGUUGAUAUAGAUUUUUCUGGACCAACCAUCUAUGGCUGGGCUGUGUUGGCCCUUGAAGGUUGGCUUGCUGGCUAUCAGAUGAGUUUUGACACAGCCAAAUCCAAACUGUCUCAGAAUAAUUUCGCUCUGGGUUACAAGGCCGCAGACUUUCAGCUGCACACUCAUGUGAAUGAUGGCACUGAAUUUGGAGGUUCUAUCUACCAGAAAGUAAAUGAAAAGAUUGAAACAUCAAUAAACCUUGCAUGGACAGCUGGCAGCAACAACACCCGUUUUGGCAUCGCUGCUAAAUACAAGCUGGAUUGUAGAACUUCUCUAUCUGCUAAAGUAAAUAAUGCCAGCCUGAUUGGACUGGGUUAUACGCAGACCCUUCGACCAGGAGUCAAACUGACCCUGUCCGCUUUAAUCGAUGGGAAGAACUUCAAUGCUGGAGGUCACAAGGUUGGGUUGGGAUUUGAACUGGAAGCUUAAUGUAGUUUUGAGUAAAGCCUUAGAUUUAUCCCUGCAAGUGAAGAGAAAUGAACCCACUAUGUUUUGGCCUUAAAAUUCUGUGAAAUUUUAAAAGUGUGAACUUUUUAUUCUUCCAAAGAAUUGUAAUCCUUCUCACACUGAAUUCAAGAGAUUGCAAGUCCAUCUCCAGGUGGUUCUUGAAGGCAGACCUGGAAAUUGUCAUGUUUGUGCCACAUUCGAGUUCUGCAGUGUUGUGUGUUCCUCAGCGACCAUGUAGUGUCAUGUUAAAGGAAACGACCUGAACCGCCCCCCCCUUUGUACAUUGUGUCCUGCAUGUUGUACACCACUUUUUCAUGAUGUUUUAAUAUAUUGGUCUCUGCUAUAGUGGAAUCUUUAGUUUUGCAUCAGAGUAAAAUAAAAUAAACCCAUCACACUUGGAACAUAA